UAAUACAUGAGCCUGUCGUGUAAAGUUUAAAACGGGGUACUUGGGGUAUUUCCCAGCCUAUUUCAGUGCUGCCAGACAGAGCGCUUCUCCUUUACGUGAUGACGUAAAACGACGGCGCCGCACCGCAGGCUCGACAACACCGACAGCGAAGCUCCCCGAAAAGAACGAGCAGCCGGUUUACAGUACAAGAUUUGGACACAUACUAACCGCUCCAGAAUUGUGAUGUAGAUGUAGUUUUAUAUUGUAAAUGACGUUUUAGGUAACUAAGUAAAACAGUGUUAAUAAAGGACGCCAGGAGAGCUCUGUCACUCGGGCUUGAACACCUCAGCCAGUGACAAGCAAUAUCAUGAAAAUGGAGGAGCUGCACACCCAUUGCCUUAAAUGUAUUAAUAGAAGAUGUAUGGUAAGACCAGAGACUGGUGUUUCCUGUGACCUCAUUGGCUGUCCUCUUGUUUGUGGGGCAGUUUUUCACUCCUGCAAACUAGAGGAACAUCGUCUGCUGUGUCCAUAUGAAAGACUGCCUUGUUUAAACAGUGGAUUUGGUUGCCCAUUCACUAUUGCAAGGAUCAAAAUGGCACAACACCUUGAGACAUGCCCAGCGAGUAUAGUAUGUUGUACUAUGGAGUGGAACCGCUGGCCUGUGAGCUAUGCUGAUCGUAAAUCCUAUGAACAUUUGAGCAAAGAGUUUGAUGAGGUUGAGCAGCUGGAUAUGGCUUUGGCUCUGCAAGAUCAGAGGAUGCUUUUGGAGUCCCUGAAGGUGACAACCAUGGUGUCAAAGAAUGGAUAUAAGCAAGCUGAUGAAAGUGACAAGAUGACGACGGCAUCAAGUGCACCGGAAAUGGUGUUUAGUAAUGGAACAGUGGAAAUGGAAGAGGAGCCUUAUAAUGAAUUGUUUAGGGCCUCAGUGGAGACAAGAAGAAGUUUGGCUGCAGCGUUCGAUCUCCUCACUAAUUCCAAGGAUAUUAAUGUACUAGUUGGAAAUUUAAAUGGAGAAAGGACAGAGAGGAAUGGAGAAAAUGGUGAUAGUCAUACCAGCUAUGUUGUUGAGGGUGGGAAGAAUGUAGACAUGAAAGAAAGUGACACUGACUCAGAGUGUGAGUUUGGAGCUGUAGGUGGAGUGGAUUGUGCGGUGGUGACCGAUGGAGAAGAUGGUGUUAGCUGGGAAGAAGAGAAUGAAUUUGUUGAGUUGUUUUUUGAAAACAAGGAAGACCUUGUCAGUGAGCCAAUAAAUGAUUCCAACCUUGCCUGGCCGCAGAUGCCUCAUAAUUACAUACCUGUUGUAGCAGAGGAGCCUCCUGUACCUCAGCAAGCACCACUGUCACCUCCUCUGCCAUUCCUCCUGUCAGAUCACGUGCAAGAUAACUUCUUACAACACUUGCCCUCUGAACUCAGGUAUAGGUGCAUGGAGAGGAAGCUGCAGAGUGUAGAAGUAUUAAGAGGAAUAAGUAUGUUUACAUUCAGUGGCCGCCGUGCUCUACUAUCAGACCCUUACUUGUUUCGCGCAAAAAUGGAGGACAAGGCAGUGGAUACAUCUGACCUGGAUGUGGCAGAUGAUCCGAUGGGACUCCACGGCAUUGAUCUCAUUACUGCUGCAUUGCUCUUUUGCCUCGGUGACUCACCAGGAGGCAGAGGAAUCUCAGACAGCAGGUUUGUUGAUGGUUACCACAUUGACUUUGGUACACAGACUUUCUCUUUUCCUUCAGCUAUUCUUGCAACCAACACCAUGGUAGGAGACAUCGCUUCAGCCUCGGCCUGUGAUCAUGCCAGCCCGCAGCUUUCCAACCCAAGCCCGUUCCACACGCUGAGGCUGGACUUGGUGCUUGAAUGUGUGGCUCGAUACCAAACCAAGCAGCGAUCCAUGUUCACUUUUGUUUGCGGACAGUUAUUCCGUCGGGAUGAGUUCUCCUCUCAUUUCAAGAAUGUUCAUGGGGAUAUCCACGCUGGACUCAAUGGCUGGAUGGAGCAACGGUGCCCCUUGGCAUACUAUGGCUGCACUUAUUCCCAAAGACGCUUCUGUCCUUCUGUGCAGGGUUUCCGAAUCAUCCAUGAUAGGCACCUUGGCUCUUUUGGGGUUCAGCCUGGACUGGCCUACAAAACUGGUGACGGUCUCCCAAGAAGUACUUGUUGCUUUAGCGCUCAGUACGAUCAGUUCAGCUGCCUUCCAUUUGAAGUGUUGCAACAUGUGGCAAGCUUCUUGGACAGCUUUAGCUUGUGCCAGCUGUCCAGAGUGUCCCGCACCAUGAGAGAGGUAUGUGCUAGCCUACUCCAGAUGCGUGGCAUGGUCGUCUUGCUUUGGGAGAAGAAACGCCUUGCUGAUGGGACUCCUUCAUGGCAGAUCAGUGACAAAGUCUGGCGAUUCAGCACAGCUUUUGGUACAGUGAAGGAGUGGAAGUUUGCCAACAUCACCAGCAUGGCUGACCAUCUGAAGAAGUGCAAGUUCAAUACAAUUGCCCGGCGGGAGGAGGCUAUCCCGCUGCCGUGCAUGUGCUUCACCAGAGAGCUCACGAAAGAGGGCAGGUGUUUACGUUCAGUUCUCAAACCUGUAGCAUAAUCAGUUCAUUAAGAAGUGUGGUUUUGGACACUUCUCAGACUAUAUUCCAGAUGCAUUUAUCUCCAGUGUUUACAAACAUUAAAUGUUAUAACAGUUGCUUCCUCAGAGAAAUGUGGAGAAAGCCUGGUUAGUUGUUCCUUCAUGGCAGAGUCGUUUGACUCCAGUUUGUAAGACGUGAUGAAGUUAAUACGUUUUAUUUCAGCAGAUUCUGACAUAGUAAAGUCCAUAUGUGUUAAGAUAGUGACCCCCCCCCUCCCCCCCCCCUCCAAAUUUUGUAUCUGUACACCACAAGAGUUGAAAUCAAACCAGGUGUGUUAUGGUAGACUUUCAGCUUUAAUUCAAAGGAUUUAAUAAAUGUAUCACAUUAACAAUUUAGGAAUUACAGCCAUUUGUGUACAUGAUUUCUCCAUUUUCAGAGCCCAUGACUAACUGGAUAAACUAAAUAUAAGAAUUAUUGUUAAUAGGAAUGAUCACUUUUACAACCAGUUUGUUUGUUUAUUUAUUUAUUUAUAUUAAAGGAAUUUUACACUUGAUAAUAGAACCAAUUCUUGGGUUGAUUCUCCUAUGUUCCUUCUGGUAAAUUGGCUGAAAUUUCACAUCUUUUCAAGAAAACCCUUUUUUGCGUCACUCCGUGAAGCUGUACAUUUGGUGAUGCAGCAGACAAAAGUUGCACAACUCGCAGCAACAGAAGCUUACAACUUUAAAGUUAUCACGGAUGUCUUGGCGGCUUUCCUCACUUGUCUCCUUCUUUCACGGUCACUCAGUUUUGAGAAUGGCUUACUCCAGAUGGAUUUAUCACAUAGUACCAUACAGUUUGUAUUUCUUAAUCUUUGCCGUAAAGAAGUUCAUAACCUAUUCAAAUGACUUGGAAAUGCUUCUGUAUACAUCCUCUGAUUUGUCAAGCAAAAAAAAAAAAACUUGCUGUAAAAGUAAUUAUUCCUAAUUAUAAUUGUCCUUAUGUUUGGUCUGGAGGGUCUCUGUAUAAAAAUGGCUGUAAUUUCUAAAUGGUUAAUGCAAUGUUUUUGUUAAACCGCUUGAAUUAAAGCUGAAGGUUGACGCUAGAUGUUACCCAAACAUGAACCUGGAGAUCACCUUCCCUGCAUUUUUUUUAUUUUCCUCUACUCCACUCACUUCUAAUUAACUUAGUCAGGUGUGUACAGCCAAUCAAGAGCGAUGAAACAUCUGACAAGAUAAAUCAGCUGUGAUUCCAGCUGGUCUACAUGGGGAAACAUGCAGAUCAGGAUGGUGAGUCCUGAGCUUUCGUACAAGUAAAUUGCGGUCAUUUGAUUUAAAUUCCACUGUAAUCGUGUUCAGAUGCAAAAUUUAUAUAAAAUGUCACUGUCCAGAUACAUACUGUCCUCGCUGUAGUGACAGAUGGACUCUAAAGAUGGUUCUAAGCCUCGCCUUUUCCUCCCUGAUGGUUUUUAAUGACUCAAAUACUGACGCCUCUCCUCCUUCCUGACAUUUUGUAAAUAAUCAGAUGUUUGACUGAGGGUUUUUAUUUUCUUAUCAGUCAGCACUGUGCUGCAUUGAUGAUUAGAGCCUUAACUUAUGAUACACUUGAUUUCCUGGUUGUGAGGGAGUUCAGUACGUCAGUGAGAUUUGUCAGCUCUUUCUUGCGGAAGAUUCAUACCUUGAUACCUGUGAGCUUCAAGCAUAACUUUUGUUAUGCUUGAAGCUCAUAUUUUCAUUACAUGGCGUUAAGUCUACACUCUUAAUAACAACAAAAAACAAGCUGAUCACAAUGUCUACCAUUUAACAGGCUGAAAAUUCAGUGACUGGCUGAUCUGUGUUUAGCAUAAUUAUGUAGCCAUCAUUGUUUUAAAUGUUUGGUACAUGCUGUUAAAGCCACACUUUAGCCAUUUAAAAAUAAUAAUAGUUCCAUCAUUAAUCUUUAUCUUAUAGCUGACUAAUGGGCUGGCCUGUUAAUCAGAGUUAAUUAACACUAACAACCACCAAAAUGGAAUCACAUUUUCACCAUCCAUUUGGACAGUUUGACUAAUCAACUUUUCUUUUGAAUAGAUGUUCUCAUCAGUAGCCCCGGUGUCACUUCAGUGAGACAGCAGGCACGUAGACAUGUCUGAAGGAUUCUGAGAAAAGUAAAUGUGCUAUUGUUUUAAAAUGUCUUUCCUUGAGUGGUAACGGCCUCCGUAAGCAACCAGUAUCUUGCCAAAUACAUGAUCAAAUUCUGAAGUGAAUUGUUUGCUGUCCAUUAAGCGGACAUUCAGGAGCUCUUCGCUGGUCAAGUUGAAUGAAAGCAAUGAGAAUGAUGGUGAAUUCUGAGAAAAGUUGGAGAAAAUUUUCUAUGGAGAAAGAUAUUUGAGAUGAAGUUUGGUAGAUGGGGAAAGAUUAAUAACAGGUUAAAGCAAAUGACUGGACAGCUGGAACUGCUGAAUUUGCAGUUAUGCGUUAGUGAUUUGCUGCGCUCACGCUCCUAUAAAAACGUACGGGUCAAUGGAUUUAUAAAAGUAGUUUAUGUCUGAAUGGGUAAAAGAUGUGCGAUUUAUAAGAAGCAACAGCAGACUCUGCAAACUGGUGUUGGUCAUUGCAUGACAUUAUAUGUAACUAUUUUAGUGCAUGAACUCUUUGGGAAUGUUAAGGCAAAAAUCAUAUUACAAACAUCUACAGAAAACAAUUAUCCCCACAGACGUCAGAGUACUAUGGCUGUUCCAUAUAUUCUAAAACAGUAUUUCUCAAACUUUUUCAGUACCAACAACCGCUUAGCCAUUUAAAAAAAAAAAAAAAUCUCAGGGACCACCAAACUCCCAAAAUAUCCAUAACCAAUAUAGGUCUGCUUACCACUUCUACUGUAUAUUACAACAGUACAUUAUCUAUUAGACUUUGGGGUCAUUUUUAAACAGUUAAAAAUUAAAUUUUUUUAAAUAAAUAAAUAUACUUACUGACUUCAAGGGGUAAAGCGCAGACCACCAGUGAUCCGCCGACAAUACUCUGAAGAGGCUGUUCUAAACUAUACAGUAUGGUAAAACUACUGUGUAAGAGAUAAUUUAAAGGUACAAAAUCACACGUGAUGUUGAAAGUUGGCGGUCGCACCCUGCUAGUGUACAGCCUUUUGUGCAUUGUUAGUGUGCUGGUUGUAUAAUCCCCAGUGAUAAUAAUUGCAGCGAUAACUUCUUGUUUUUAAGUUUCACCAUCACUUUAAUAUCUGCAAACAACUGAACAAACUUUUGCUAUAGUCUGCUUUGUCCUUACUAUAUUAAUAAUAUUAAAAAUCUCAAUCCAUCUGAUGGGAUGUUGUACCCAGGAGCAUGUGAUUAAGUUAAAACUGAUAACCGCAGCAGCAUUUGGAGCUCUGCAAAGAGCUGACAUGAUGAAGUAUCUGAAGGAAUCUGAGAAUGGUUGAAACUUUAACAAUUCCAAAUAAAUAAAUAAAUAUCACAACUUGAGAUAUAUAUAUAUGUAUGUGUGUCCAGGGUCUAGAUUAUAUUUCUUUACUGACAUUUAUUAUAAAUGGUUCAUAAUGUUCCAGUAACCCUCUUAAAAGUCAGGCACAAGUCAUUUUUGGAAUGUGUCAGAUUAAUGCGCACAGAGGUAAAAUUCUUUCCCUUAUCAGACAUAAGUUCCUGCAUAAGUUAAGAACUACUGGAUGCUCACUGCUUUCUUAGUUUGGGGCAUCGUUGGUUAUGUUCACACUCAGAAUUGAUCAUGGUUGUGUGCGUUAAGAGCAUACUGACACUGCGUGUUCACGCUGUGGAAAAUGCUGUCUCAGGGUUGUAACGUGACGCAGUGUCGGUACAUGCUGACCAUAACGAGCAGUCUUCUUAUUUUUAGUCUGUGUAGAAAAAUCUGCUGCCUGCAGGACAGUUGGGAUGGACCUGAUUAUCGCUGUGUCGUGGAUCUGACCAGUGCACCACUCAGUGUUGUAGCAGUGUGCAUUGCAGUGCUCAUGAUUUUUAAGUUUGUCAUCAGUGUUACUGUAUAUGUGUAACUGAACUCAGAUGUUGGUUCAAAUGAUGUUUGUGUUCUUCGAAAAAACAAAUUAGUCUUGUUUGUACUGGUUUAAUUCUAGUUUUAGUUUUGAUUAAGAGUGAGAUUGAAUAACAGAUGUGACGAAUUGUUUGGAAUGUGAACUUUUUUAAUGUAAAAGAAAUGUUAUUUGUGGGAAAUUUAUAUUUUAUAGGGUCAAGGUUAGAAAAAACAAUAUUGAUGCAGUUUUUUACUAUAAAAAUCCCAACAGUGGGGUGGAUGUUUUUGUACUGGUACUUUUAUUCCCUAUUUCAGGGACCCAUUAUUACUUGUGCAUGUGGCAUAAUUCCAGUCUCAGCCUGCAUUCAUUCAGUUGUGAACAGAUGCAUGAAUAUCUGUCUCUUCAGCCUUUCUGAAGCAACGCAGGUGUUGGGGAUUUUUGUAGUGUGCAGUAAUUCAAACAGAAAAAGACAAUAGUUAGAGUUAAGUUGGACUUAAUUAAAUUCACGGUUCCUUCGUAAAAAUUUGCUGACAUGCGAAAAUCUGCCUGUGAAUUCCCCCUUGUUCCUUUUUUCUUCUGACAUUUAAAUUUAUGUUAACAUAAGGUUAACUGAUAACAUGUCCGCCACUGAGACCGCAACUAUGCCAAACGUGUGUUUCAUUUUGGGUCCCUGAAAGACUGAAUUUGCAAAGUAAAAUGUUCCUCAGUUUUGGUUUAUGUUUGAAUUUUAAUUUUUGAUUUGCACAUGAAGGCAUGUACUGUAAAAUCUUUACUCCGUAGCAAAAAUUGUAAUGUCUGCAUGAUUGAGCUCUUUAUUGGUCCACUUGUAUAAUCCUGUUUGUUCCUCAGGCUUGGCACAUUGGUUGACAUUUUCAAGUUUAACGUGUUGUAUAAUUUUUUUUUAAGUAUCAGAUAAUUUCAGUGUGACUAAAUGUCCCCAUUUUUCAGAUUUGAGACGUUGAAAGGUGUGAGUGAAAUGACUUAGUACUAUAGUGUGCAAAUGUACAAUCUGUAACUGUUUUUAUAACCUUUCGCAGGCAUCUGUCUUUUUUGAAAUCACACAAGAUUUUUGUUUUCACUCCUGCUGGUGUGUUUAUGCCACAUUAUUUCAGCUGUGUUUGUUUGAAUUUUAAUAAAGACACCAUCAGUUUGUAAGUAAA